AUCUCCAGUUCUUGAGAUGAUCGGAGAAAGUCGACUACCCUGCGUACCUAUCGGUGAUCUUCAACGAGAAGACGGAGCUGCCUUCAAGAUGAAAUCAGGACUUGCAGGAGAUCUGUCCCCACAGUCGAUGGCAACUUGGCGUCUGGACGCAUGCGUGGUAGGCUCCCUCCACGUGGGGCUAGGCCUCGGCCUCCCCGCGCUCCGAGGCCCCGCCUCCGGCCCAGCCCGGUCCACAGCAUCCUUCCGGAUCCGCAGAGCUAGGAAGGAAGGGGGCGGGUCGGCCUCUCGGCUGGCCCCGCCUCCACAGCCUUCCAUUGGGCUUCCGUGAGGGCCUCCCCUCCCACCGCCUUCCCAUUGGAGCGCGCCAGCCAACGACUUGCCCCAUUGGGCCCUGCAGAUUUGGGCACCAAAUUCAAAGAUCUUAAAAGUACCAGCUGGCGCCUUUUGGAAGAUAGAGCUGUGUGAGGCCGGAGGCUUGUUCCUCCACUGAUGUUGCUAGUCGCUCACCUGAGGACGCGUCUUACACUGGCAUGAGCCGGCGUGCCUGCAGCUGCUCCCCACCUUCCCCCAGCAGCUCCUGCCGCUGCAGCGGCAGCGACGUGACAGCUCCCAGGCGUCCUCGUCCCUCAGACAGUUGCAAAGAAGAAAGUUCUCUUUCUGUCAAAAUGAAGUGUGAUUUUAACUAUAGCCAUGCUUAUUCUGGACUUAAACUGGUAAAACCUGAUGAUAGUGGAAAGUUAGGCUCCUACAUUUCUGGAUGUUUGGAAGGUUCUUCUAAAGACUGCAUUAAAGACUAUGAAAGGUUAUCAGAUAUUGGAUCACCGAUUGUGAACCCAAGGAUUGUUGAACUUGAAACUGAGAGUAAGCCCUUGCAUAACAAGGAAAAUCAACAUGUGCAACCAACACUUAAUAGUUCAAAUGAAAUAGAAGAACUAGAAACCAAUGAACUUUAUGAAGAUAGUGGCUAUUCUUCAUUUUCCAAAAAAAGUGGCCUUGAACAUGAAGAGGCUAACCUUUCCCUGGAAGAAAAUUUUAAUGAUAGUCCACAAUCUUGUCUGCUACAGACUCAAAGUCCAGACCAAUAUCCCAACAAAAACUUGCUGCCUGCUCUUCAUUUUGCAAAAGUGGUUUGUUCAACAUUAAAAAAGAAUGCCAAACGAAGUCCUAAAAUAGAUUGGGAGAAGCUGAAGGAGUAUAACGUAGGUUUUACACUACAGAAUAUAAUUGGCAGAAAAAUGGGCCUAGAAUUUGUAGAUAUUCUCAGUGAACUCUUUCGAAGGGGACUCAGACAUCUCUUAGCAAAUAUUUUAACACAACUAAGCGAUAUGGACUUAAUCAAUGUGUCUAAAGUGAGUACAACUUGGAAGAAGAUUCUAGAAGAUGAUAAGGGGUCAUUGCAGUUGUGCAAUAAAGCAAUACAAAGAGUUACAGAAAAGAACAUUAAGUUUUCAUCACAUGCUUCAACCAGAGAAUAUGUUAGGUUCAGAACUGCACUGGCUUCUGUUCAAAAAUCGGCAGCCCAGAUGCCCUCCAGAAACUAUGCGGGAGGCAAGUUACCCAGUCCGGCUGAUCACAAAGGUUCUACUUACAGUCGGCAUAGUGAAUUUUCUGAGGUUGCUAAGACUUUGAAAAAGAAUGAAAGCCUCAAAGCCUGUAUUCGCUGUAAUUCACCUGCAAAAUAUGACUGCUAUUUACAACGGGCAAUCUGCAAACGAGAAGGCUGUGGGUUUGAUUAUUGUACAAGGUGUCUGUGUGAUUAUCAUGUCACCAAAGACUGUUUGAAUGGCAAGUCUCUAAAAGCCAGUUAUAAAAUGGGUCCUCUCCCUGGUACUAAGAAAAGCAAGGCAAAUUUACGACGAUUGUGAUUAAAAUCUGUUCUAACUGAUCAUGAAGGUUAGUCAGAAAAUGUUAGGUUUUAAUUUAAAAACAUAAGAAUAAAUGUAUGGUGAUUUUCAGUUUUAUGUAUAAUGUAACACAUGGGAUUUUUCCACCCUACGAGGUAGAGGAUGCACAACCUCUUAAAGUAUUUUAUAACUUAAUGUGGAAAAGUUCUCAGUAUAAAUUAGAAAAUUUAAAUAUUUUAAGAAAAAGGAAAACUAGUCAUCUGAUACUUGAUUGAGGUAAAAUAAAAUUGAUUCAAUUUUAUGUUAAAAGAAAAUUUUACCCAGUCUUAAGUCUAAAUUUUGUUUACCAUCUGUUAGCAUUUGAUACAUUUUAUUUGACUUAAACUGAUAUCUAUUGAAAAUAUUGACUCAUGGGGUCUAAUUUAAAUGUUCUGUCAUCUUUAACCUCUUUAUCAAUGUGUGUGUAUCUUCAAGUGUUCUUUGUGAAAUCCUGUCUGUUUUUC